CCGCUCCCCCGUUGUGCGACCUUACAACCUCGCGCUACCCCUCAUCCUCCCCCGUUGCUCGUCCUCAGCGCUACCACAUACCACUGACCAUCCCUUUCGUGAUAAGCAGUUAUCAACAGAUCUCACAGCAUGGACAGUGGUUUUCCCGCGAUCCAUACACCCGUAGACAUGCCAAGGCGUGCUUCGCCGCCGAGCGACCCCCCGCCUCGUCGGCCCUCACUCCGGGUCCAUCUCUCCCCACCUGCGCUGCAGGACAGCGACCACCCCUUAACGGACAGCCCGACGGACAUCGAUUCUGCGUCACACUCAACGUGCGCACCGAAAGUUGACUGCGCAGACAAUAUUCGCGAUGCAGACAAUACUGCCAACGAAGACCGACCGAGUGUCUCUGCCUCAGAAUCGGAGGAUAGCGCAUCCCCUGGCUCGUCUCCAACGGAUUCCACAUGCAGUGCUCCUGACUGGUCAGGAGGAUCCGUCGCUGAGCAUCGCCCCGAACGUAUCUUACCAGGACGGGACCUUCCCUACAACCUACGCCCUCUUCUGCCGGACAAUCUGGACCCGAACCCCAGCGCGCCCAUUCACACCAUACCGCAAUUCGAUCCGAAUGUCAGGUACACUGUACAUGCUGGCCAAUGCAAGUUCGGAUUUGGUGAGAAGGUGCCCUUGGGAUGGGUGCGCGUCAUUCACCCCGCCGGCCAGCCAUACUUCUGGAACGAAGAACAUAACGCUGUUACUCUCGAAUGGAUGCCAGACAGCGUUGUUGCCAAACACGUCAACAGGACCCUUACCUACGUCGCCCACCAAAUCGAGCAUUGGGACGGCGAGCCGCUCCCAAAGGACCGUCAAAUCGUCAUCUCGCUGGAACCAACGCCGAAUGCAACUACUGAUUAUGCUGCCCUUUACUAUAUCGCCUCGCCGCGCUACGAGACUAUAUUCUGGUUGGCGGAGUACAACCUCGACUGGGAGAUAGGCUUGAUGUUGCAAGCGCAGCUCGAGCCUCAGAUGCUGGGUAUAUACCUCAAGUACCAGUUCUACAAGCACUGGGACAACUUCCCCGAUAUUCAGACUGUAUCCCGAUGCCAGAUCCGCCGCUGGCAAAUGAUCCUCGAGAACGCCCUUGCAGACGUCCGAUUCUCGAAGACGUCAACCGUGAACUACAACGUGGACAAAUUGCAGGAGAUGAUAGAGAUGGUCCAUCGCAUGUACUCCCGGGCCAGUCGGGCGGCCGCGCGAGACAAGAAAAAGGCGGAAAAAGACGGCAAGGACAAGAAAGACUACAAGGUCAAGGCGCGAGCGCCAAAGAAGCCUGAUCUCUCCGUCGAGGGUGAAUGGCUCCCAGGUCGAAUGAUGCAGCACUUCUAUCAGGAUCGCUUCCUGAACCUAUACAGCCAGCGCGGCGCGCGCGUCGACCGCCUGCAGUCUGUAUUCGGGAAAUCGCCGGGCGAUAUCCCAAAAUCCUGGUACAUCCGCAUCCUCGGUCUCCUCCUCUUCAGGGCUCCGAAUAACCACCUGGACGAGCUGAACCAGAUGUGGGUGGACACCGUGCUGUCGCGGAAGGUGUGGAAGAAGCGCGUCAAGGCGCUGCUUUCGGAUUGGACAGAGCAGCGAGUUUUGGCGACCAUCUUGUUGACGGCGAACAUGUCAUUCCUCAGCAUCGAUGGUCCAUCACCGGACGGUUUCACUAAGGUUAUGUGUUUCCUCUCGGUAAUCAGCUCAUGUGCUGCGUUCGUCCUCAUCACGGCCUUGGAGAGGCGUAUCCGGAGGAUUCAGAAGAAUAUUGAUCUGCAAGCUGCGCAAAACUGGCUUCAGCUGCUGAACAAUAGCAAGAUCGGGCUGGAAAUCCUCGCCGUUCUACUUGGCCUGCCGUAUGGCUUCACUGUCUGGUCAAUCAUCUUCUUCUGCAUCUCCUUCCUGAGCUACUGCAUGGACGACGUGAAGUCGCCCACGGGGAUCACCGUCGGAACGAUUUUCGGGAUACAUUUCAUCAUCGUCGUAUGGGCCCUCUGGGUGUCGAUGGAGAAGCGAAAGCCCAUCCAGGACCACGGGCAGAUGCCCAAGGUGGUCUUCACGAAGGUCGCGAAGGCCAGUAGGUCCGCGAGCAGGGCUUUGUCGGGCCCUAUCCGUCGGAUGUCCACGAAAGCGUGGCAGACGACACAGAGGUCGUUAUCAUUCGCUAUACAGCAGAAUGGUCAGGACAAGAACGAGCUUCCCCUGUACAGGCGGUCAACCCAACUUCCGCCCAAUGGAUCUAUUGCAUAAGGAAGGUGUAGAAUAACAUCAAAGUGUAUCGAGUCUCGCAAGGAGGAAGUUGACUCUGUUGUAAGGCGAAGGACAUGAAUAUUUGCCAAUCUGUAGUAUGUACCCUCGCCUCUGUCGAGUUUAGCGACAUUAUUAUCAACCAGACAUGCGUGC